AUGGAUCUCGACGAGUUUUCCGACGAUGGCUUUGACGAUCUCACCGACAAUGUGCUCCAAGAGCUCGAGAAUCACGCUCUCCAGUCCACCCAGGCCCGGCCUCAACAUGCCUUGACGCAGCAAUUCGACUAUGCCUGGGAGCAGGAGGAUGACGACCUGGACACCACCGAGGUGACCAACGAUGUCGGGCUUCCUGUUGGCCGGCCCAUUGUCGACAAGACAUUGCGACAGCAGCCGCAGCAGAAACCACAGCAGAGACCUCCCGUGCCCAAUCCUCGAUGGAACCCCACGAUCGACUCGGCCGCUGCCAGGCCUGGGGCUCCUCUUGCGGAGCGGACUCGAAUGGCCAAUGUCCGGCCAUUGAACCAGCCUUUCAUGAGCUCUCAGCGAUUCCCGGAUUCCUCGCAAAGUACUAGUCGACCUCAGACAGCACAACUUGCUGCUCUGCCAGUGGCUUCUCAAGGGCAAUCGGGGACCAUGGUGACGGCACUCCAGAAAAGAAUUCGCGUUUUGGAAGCAGAGCUCAAUGCCGCUCGUGGCGAAGCCUCUAUUCUCCGUUCAAAUUCGACAAAAGCGCAGCACAGCUACGACGAGCAGAUCGCACGCCUACGGAAGCUGAAUGCCGAGCAAUUAAGCAAGCAGGAGAAAGCUAUGGAGGCAGCCCUGGCGGCUGAGAAACAUGCCAAUGUGGAACUUCAGUUCAUGCAACGCGAUAUGAAAGAAGCCAAUGACCGAGCUCGGAAAAAAGAGCCCAAUGCCAACAACACGGCGACUCCAAAGAAAGCCGCUAAAAGUUGGGGCUUUGCUGAUGGCUUCGAUGAGAUGGACAUCGCUCCAAGUCCAAGCAAAGGCCAGGGGAGAAGUAAGACGGCCGGAUCCGUUGCUACCAAUAUUGGAGAGCGGACACCGAGCAAGGGGAAGCGAAAGCGCCAGAUAUCCGAGUCACCGAUGAAGGCGCUUGAUAUACACAUGGGCGACGCCGAGAUGAGCGAGGCAAAGCCCAUCUUUCAGCCAACAUUGCAGCAGCCUGUCAUCAUUGCCGCGCCCACAGUCCCUUUUGAUUUUUUGCAAGUUGUACUUGACCACGGCUUUGCACAAGGCCAGCCCCCCACCUUUGACAUACUCUCUCGCAUCUCAUUCCCUUCUGAUCCAACAAUCUCAUUCUCAACCCUCAUUUUCGAAAGACUCCCUCUGAUGGGAAAUCCCUAUCAGCCAAUGCAACUCUUGGUCGAUUUCGCUGAACAAAUCAUCAUCCUAUGGACUCGGUGCUUUGAGGAGCAAUUUUGGGAACCCAUCAAAUACCUUGUGUCGCUCAUUUCCUUCACUUUUCAGCUCCACACCUCCUCUGUUGCACCCCUCAUCAUUUCCAGGCUUGUGCCCGUAGCACAAACAACAAUAUUCACCGUUGCAGAAGGACCCUCGCGUCUUUCAGACGGUACGGCGGCCAGCAAUGACGAGCAUGCCAUUUUGGAACAGCAGAUUGACACAACUCACAUUCUCUCGCUGCUAUACACGGCAUCUUUGGCCUGUGCAACGAUACCCACCGAGACUGAGGAUGGCGCCAGAUACACUUCCGCUGCAUUUUGGAAACUCAUUUCUCUUGACUUUACUCUUCUUCUUUUGAUGCCAAAACAGAAAACUGUUGAUAUCAUUGGAAUGCUUGACUUGCUAGCCACCUCUUCGUUGCCCGAUUCCAUCGGCCCAAUAUCCGAUGAAAAAGAUGCGGUAUCCGUAGCGCGAGCCGUCAUCGAGCGAGUAUCUGCUAAGCUGAUGGAACAUCCCCGCGCCACGACUACCCCGGCGCAAAAACGAAGUGUGCGGCUUGCUGCUCUUCGAACGCUGGUUACUUUUGCAAGACAUGAAUUUGGUGCCAAGCAGCUGGCAUCUCACGACAACGCCCUUCCACGUCUGGUAGCUUGCUUAAGUACCUCCAUCGACGAACUCUACGACCAACCAAUUCCACCCAGCAUUCUUCCUCCCCUUCCCGAUGUCAUGACAUCUUCAUCGCUAAAAUUCGCCGAAUCUACCACCUCGGCCGAACUCUACCGCAUAAUCUCCCAGUGUGUGACUCUCAUCCACACCUUGGCCACGGACCCGUGGACGUCCAACCUAGCUGACAUUACUCGAAAACUAUCGCUUUCACAUGGCGGAAGUCAACGCUACCUAAUUGCACUUGGGAGGUUGACUUUUGCAGAAGAGGACCUUGUCAUGGAGGCGGGAAUUGAGGGAGAGAUUGUUGAAGCGGCCCACGAGCUUUUGGAAAUGGCUGUGACGCCGGAUGAAGGAGAGAUUGUGAGUGAAGCUUUUGGGGCUUAA